AUGUCCGACCUUUGCGAGAGCGACCCCAGCGCUGACAUGACUCGCAUCGAAGACGACAAGGGCGGCUUGCUGCACAAUUGCUUUGACUGGAUCCUCGAGAACGAUCAAUUGAAGCAUUGGCAACAAUCCAAAGACGCUCGACUCCUCUGGAUCAGGGGAGAAGCAGGCAAGGGCAAGACAAUGCUCAUGAUCGGCCUCGUCAAUCAAUUGGCCCGGUCAAGGUCCCCAACCUCUGGGUUCGCCUUCUUCUUUUGCCAAAAUGCAGACCCGCGCCUCAAUAAUGCCAUUUCCGUGCUGCGGGGGCUUGUCUGGAUGCUAUUGCGCGCACACCCGAGCCUGGCUCAGUACAUCCCAAAAGAAUACCGGGACAAGAAGGACAAGCGUGCAAUUAUGUUUGAGAAUCCGAACCAGACUUUGUUCUCGACCCUGAAGAUCAUGCUCACCUCUAUCCUCAGUGAUGCCUGCUUCGACCGGCUUUACAUACUUGUGGACGCUCUCGAUGAGUGUAGUCAGGAUUCGGACAAGCUAGUCGACUUGAUAAGGCAAGACACCACGAAUCCUCAUUCAAGAGCGAAGUGGCUCGUCUCAGGUCGCUACACGGUACGACUCAACAGAGAACUGAAGCCAAGCCAGCACAGGAACUUACUUUCCUUGGAGCUCAAUGAAAACCAUAUCUCGGAAGCUGUGGCUAGCUUCAUCAAGCAGAAGGUCGACGACCUAGUCACUGCCGACAACAGAAAGCUACGGAAGCAGGUCCGAGACCGGAUGAUGGAGAAGGCCGAGUCCACCUUUCUUUGGGCUGCGUUAGUGUGCAAGCAUCUCAAAGGACUCGCACAGUUGCAGAUUUUGGAGGAGCUCGAGAAGCUCCCACCUGGAUUGGCACCGCUUUACGAAAGGAUGAUGCAGCUCAUUGAAGAGCGCGGCCCAGACCUUAGCACUAGAUGCAAACACGUCCUUCGCGCAGUUUCCAUCACCUACCGGCCCCUCACCCUCCACGAGCUUGCUCCGGUAGCGGAUCUUUGGCUACCACUGGAUCACCUUCGCGAGCUCGUCGACCUCUGUGCCUCAUUUGUUACAAUUCGCAAGGAUACCAUUCGGUUUAUCCACCAGUCCGCCAAGGACUACCUGGACAUCUUGCAUACGAUCUUCCCUCGGACACGGGAGGAAGAACAUCGCCAAGUCGUGACGCGCUGUCUGAAGGCUAUGUCCGACACUCUGAAGAGAGACAUAUACAACGUUCGUCAGCCUGGUGCUGCGAUUGAGGACGUCGUUGUCCCUUCUCCGGAUCCACUCUUCGCUGUUCGGUACGCAUGCACCUACUGGAUACGCCACCUCCUCGAGCUGAACGCUGGAUUGCAGGACGGCGACAUAAUGAACUCAGUCGCUACAUUCCUUCGGGUCCACUUUCUCCAUUGGCUCGAGGGUCUGAGUCUUGUGAAACAACUGCCUGGCGCUGUUGUGUCCUUGAGCAGACUAGCUAGUGAGGAUGAUAGUCUGCAUGGCCUUCUUCAGGAUGCACACCGCUUUACUAUGUAUUAUCGAUGGGUGAUUGAGAAUUAUCCGCUACAGGUCUAUACGUCUGCAUUAGUGUUUAGCCCUGCGCGCAGCCGCGUUCGGGUGACGUUUCGACACGAAGAGCCGACUUGGAUCAAAUUGAAGCCGGCUAUGGAAGAUGAGUGGAAUGAAUGCCUCCAGACGCUGGAGGGCCAUAGCGAUCUGGUCACCUCGGUCGUGUUCUCGCACGACGGCUGCCGGCUCGCGUCGGCGUCGGACGACAAGACCGUCAAGGUGUGGGAUGCCACAACGGGCCAAUGCCUCCAGACGCUGGAGAGCCAUAGCAGUGGAGUCAACUCGGUCGUGUUCUCGCACGACGGCUGCCGGCUCGCGUCGGCGUCGAGGGACAACACUGUCAAGGUGUGGGAUGCCACGACGGGCCAAUGUCUCCAGACGCUGGAGGGUCAUAGCGAUCCGGUCAACUCGGUCGUGUUCUCGCACGACGGCUGCCGGCUCGCGUCCGCGUCGGGCGACAAGACCGUC